AUGGAUUUGGGCGGACGGAGGCAGAUGGCCGACAUGGCGUGGAACAUCAAGUGUCGAGAGGAGGACAUGGAGUUCCGCCGACGAGAGCUGCAGUGGCGUCAGGAGGAAGUUUGGUGGCGAGGCGUAAACGAUCGGAAGCGCGAGGUAGAGGAGAAGGCGAAGCAGCUAGAGCAGGUGGCCUCGCUGUCCGCCCUUAUCGCCGGGUUCGCCCUAGUCGCGAUGGUGGAGGUCGGGCUGAUGCUGCUGGCGAUGUUGAGCUCUACGUUCAUGCUGGUGGCCAUCAUGAAGUACGACGUCAAGGCCAAGGACCGCCACUACCCCUCCUUCCAGCGGUUCUGGGCGAGCCGUUGUGAGAGCGACUGGCGUUUCAGUUUUCGGGCCUUCAACAUCGGCAUCCCCCUGUUCAUGGGCGUCUUGGCGGAGGUGGGCUGGAUCACCCUCGACGAUGGCUCCGUCGCGCACCGCGUCGCCGCAGGCGCGAUCUCCGUGAUCGCCCUCCUGUCCACCCUCAUCUUCUACGCCUACACCUACCGCAAGUGGGGGCCGUUCUUGUCCAACGCCAAGCUCGACCUCCACAUCAUACAGGCACAGGACGAGGAGGAGGACGAGGAGGAGGAGGACGAGGAAGAGGAGGUGUCCGCCCACGGUGGUAAAAACGGGGGGGACGGCCGAUGGAGGAGAUUAGGGGAAGGUGGGGGUGCGGGGGCAGAUGCGCGGAGGGCGGCGGCGGGGGCCGUUGUUUCAAGAGCAUGA